UCUUUCUCUUUAAGUAUACGCAUUUCCAGAUCUUUCGGUCCAGGAUGCUGGAGGUGGAAGAGUAGUUCCGUUGAUGAACGAGCGCUGCAGUACAGGGUUGGCGAUCACAUCCACGGGUUCACAGUCAAUCAGGUGACUCCUGUACCAGAGUUAUUCUUAACUGCUGUCAAGCUCAGCCAUGAUAAGACAGGAGCCAAAUAUUUACACAUUGCACGGGAAGAUUCCAAUAACCUGUUCAGUGUGCAGUUCCGGACUACCCCCAUGGACAGUACGGGGGUCCCUCAUAUUCUGGAACACACUGUGCUUUGCGGGUCGCAAAAAUAUCCUGUCAGAGAUCCCUUCUUUAAAAUGCUAAACAGAUCGCUUUCCACGUUCAUGAACGCUUUCACAGCUAGCGACUACACCCUUUAUCCAUUUUCCACUCAAAAUUCCAAGGAUUUUCAGAAUCUCCUCUCGGUAUACUUGGAUGCUGCUUUUUUCCCUUGCUUGAGACGUCUAGAUUUCUGGCAGGAAGGAUGGAGAUUAGAACACAAGAAUCCACGGGAUCCUCAGACACCCCUGGUCUUCAAAGGUGUUGUUUUUAAUGAAAUGAAGGGUGCUUUCACGGACAACGAGAGGCUGUUCUCUCAGCACCUUCAGAACAAAAUCCUCCCCGAUCAUACUUACGCAGUUGUGUCUGGUGGUGACCCCCUGAAGAUUCCAGACCUUACCUGGGAACAGCUGAAACAGUUUCAUGCCACGCAUUAUCAUCCCAGCAAUGCAAGGUUUUUCACAUACGGCAACUUCCCACUUGAGCAGCAUCUCAAGCAAAUCCAUGAGGAAGCCCUGAGUAAAUUCCAGAAAAUUGAACCAAAUACAGCUGUCCCGCCGCAACCCAUCUGGGAUUUGGGGAGGGAACACCGUGUGACCUGUGGCGCGGCUGCGUUUGGAACAGAUCCAAAGAAGCAGACGAUGGUCAGCGUGAGCUACCUUCUCUCAGACAUUACAGAUACUUUUGAAACCUUCACGUUGAACCUCUUGUCUGCCCUGUUGGUUGGUGGACCUAAUUCUCCUUUUUAUAAAGCUUUAAUUGAGACUGGCCUGGGUACAGAUUUUUCACCUGAUGUUGGGUUUAAUAACUCCACACGAGAAACCUACUUCAGUGUCGGCCUUCAAGGGAUCUCUGAGGAAGACGUUGGCACUGUGAAGGAAAUUAUUGCAAGAACUGUUGAUGAAGUGAUUGAGGAUGGAUUUGAGGAAGACUAUAUUGAAGCACUGCUCCACAAAACUGAGAUCGGGAUGAAACAUCAGUCAACAAGCUUCGGGCUUGCCUUGACUUCGAAUAUUGCUGCAUGUUGGAACCAUGACGGAGACCCCGUUGACCUUCUGAAGAUUGCACAGCAAGUGGCCCAGUUCAGAGAGUGCCUUAAGGAGGAUCCCAAGUUUCUUCAGAAGAAAGUGAAGCAGUACUUCAAGGACAAUCCCCACAGAUUGACACUCUCGAUGAGUCCAGAUGUGGCUUUCUGUAAUAAUCAAGCAGCAAUAGAAGAAGUGAAAUUGAAAGAAAAGGUUCAGGCACUUUCUGAGGAAGAAAAGAAGGAAACAUAUGAAAAAGGUUUGGAAUUGCUGGAGCUCCAGAGCCAGCCUGCGGAUACCUCCUGCCUUCCAGCUCUGAAAGUGUCAGACAUUGAGCCGAGGAUUGCAUUGACUGAGCUGGAGAUGGCUGUUCCAGCGGAGGACGUCCCUGUCCAGUACUGUGCUCAGCCCACCAACGGGGUGGUGUAUUUCAGAGCUGUUUCCAGCCUGAACACCCUUCCGGAGGAGCUCCGACCUUACGUUCCACUUUUCUGCAAUGUCGUCACUAAGAUGGGAUGUGGCGCUUUGGGAUACAGAGAACAGUCUCUACAGAUAGACCUGACUGGUUGCCUUUCUGUCAGCCCUCACAUCGCGGCCGAUGAUUCGCAUCUGGACGUAUAUGAGCAGGGUGUUCUCUUCACCUCUCUGUGCCUGGACAAAAAUUUGCCUGACAUGAUGAAUCUGUGGACGGAAAUAUUCAACAACCCCCAUUUUGAAGAUGAGGAACAUUUCAAAGUCUUGGUAAAGAUGACCGCUCAGGAACUGUCCAACAAUAUUCCUGAUUCCGGACACACGUACGCUUCGAUUAGAGCAAGCCGGACCUUGACGCCUGCGGGAGAGUUAAAGGAGAUGUUUAAUGGCAUGGAGCAGGUAAAACUGAUGAAGCGGAUUGCAGAAAUGUCCGAUCUUAAGCCUGUGCUUCGCAAAUUGCCACGAAUCAAGAAGUACCUCUUAAACAACGACAAUAUGCGGUGUUCAUUGAACGCUACACCUCAGCAGAUGCCCACUGCUGCAAAAGAAAUAGAAAAAUUUAUAAAGAGUAUUGUCAGGAGUAAAAAAGAACGAAAACCCGUCCGUCCACAUGUGAUUGAGAAGCCAUUAGACCCCAAAUCAGCUGGCCCUGAGGCACUGACAUGCUCCCAGAUCCCAAGGAAGCUAAUUACGGUAAGCCUGGAUUAAUUAAUUUAGGCAAUAGAUGU